AUCAAAGAGAUUGAUGCUUCUGUUCUGCUGCAGCAGAAAGAAACCCAGAGAGGGAGAGAGAGAAAGAAUGGAAGGAAUUCCCGAAGAUAAGGCGGAAUUUGAUGAAGCGGAGAUAGAAUAUGUUAGCUAUGGAGGGGAGCAUCAUCUGCCUCUCAUCAUGAACUUGGUCGAUCAAGAACUUAGUGAGCCUUACUCCAUCUUCACUUACCGAUAUUUCGUCUACCUUUGGCCCCAACUCUCGUUCCUCGCUUUUCACAAGGGUAAAUGCGUGGGAACUGUGGUAUGCAAGAUGGGGGAACAUAGAAAUACUUUCAGGGGCUACAUUGCCAUGUUAGUUGUAAUCAAGCCUUAUCGUGGAAGAAGAAUUGCCACUGAGCUCGUUACCAGAUCCAUCAGAAUGAUGAUGGAAUCGGGAUGUGAAGAGGUAACACUGGAAGUGACAAAUAAAGGAGCACUGGCACUUUAUGGGCGUCUAGGGUUUAUCAGGGCAAAACGGCUUUUCCACUACUACUUGAAUGGCGUUGAUGCUUUCCGGUUGAAGCUUUUGUUUCCUCCUCCUCCUCCUUGCCAAGAGUUAUAACCUUCACUAUACACUUGAAGAAUGUGCAGUGCUGAUGUAUUACUAAGGUUAGUGUUUUAAACUACAGAUUUCAUAGUUAUGGUUGUACUUUCCAUCCUUAGAUUUGUUCUUUACUGUAUCCCUUUAUAAAAUGUUUCAGUGUUCUGCUAUCUGGUUCUGUUAGUUUAAGGCCUUUUUUU